AUCGCCAAACCCUACUUCUCAUCUUCCAUUCCUCAUCUCGCCAAAACCGUUUCGUAGAUCAGACGAACCACCUCUCCACUAUCUUCUCUAAUCAAACCUUCGUGUAAUCAUAGCUCAUUCAAAGGUUCCCUUUCGUCUUCCCCUCUAUCAAUCUCUCUAUAAAACACUUUUCUCAUAUUUUGCUCCGAUUAAAAUCGAUAAUAUCCUCUCAAGAAUCUACGGCAUUGGAAUCCACCGGCAAAUCUCCAGUAUCCAGCGAUCGGAAGCCAAAACGGAAGAUCCUUUCCUCCUCCGCGAUUUCGAAGACACCUAACGGGAAGUCCGUUGCAGCUUCCGAGAUUGCAAUCAAACCAAACGGCAAAACCGCUGUUUCCUCUGCCAUUCCGAGAUCGCAAUCUUCCUCCGCGCACGGUGACGAUGUGAUGUUCUUCAGAGAUGUCACAAUGCGCCCACAUCAAGAGGAGUUACGGUUUCGUCUGAUAUAUUUUUGGGAGGCUCGAAACCCAAACACAAAGACACUCAGUGGCGUGGAGAUGCUCCUCAUUGACGAGCAGGUCCGUCUUCUAUUGAUCGGUUGAUAUAGUAACAUUUACGUAAUGAUAAGAGAGCUAUGAAAUAUAUGAAUUAUAUUGCAAUCCAUCUCGGCAUGAUGUACUUCUAUAGAGUGAUUUCUAUUUAUCAUACUCCUACAUAAAAAUAACAGUACUUUCUUUUAUAUUUCAACCUCAUAUGAAUACUUGGAUGCUUGAUCUUAUUAACUUUGGUUUGAUUUAUCUAAAGUAUAAUGCCAACUGAGUUGUUUAGUGACAUAUAGUUUCUAUUAAUCCAUUCUUUCUCAGGUUUUUUGGAUCAUUGAAAAGAACUUGGGAAUUCCAUGGAAAUUCUGUUCACUUAUUUCGCUGACGAACCUUUGGCAACUGAUUUGGUAAAUUCCUGAAGUUUGUUCGUUCCUGGAGUGAACGUAUAUCUUCAAGCCACAAUAGAAGCUACAGCUCGCAAGCAGUUUUUUUUACAGAGAGCUUUCUGUUUGUAGAUAGCACAGGUUCAUCGAUCUCUCUGUUUUGUAGAUAAGCACGUUCUCAUCGUCCUACUCUAGCUAAUGGCCAGGAUGUGGUUUUUUUAUCUGAUCUUAGUUUCGUUUUAAGCCUUUCAUAUGAUGGUCUGAGCAACUGAUUCCAUUCGAAAUUUUAUUACUUUUUAUUAAAUCAACGAAUGCAUCAAGUUGUUCCAUCUCAUGAUAAUGGUUGUCAUAGUAACACUUUUAAUCUUCUAUUUUAUUUGGUUGUCAGGAAACGGUUAUUCAAGGUUUUAUCUUAGCAGGACGGUUGAGACGUAUAUGCCUCACUUGAAAGCAGGUUCUGUUUAUUUACUGAACAAGUUUUACGGGUCCAGAAGCAAAGAUCAGUCCAGUGUCGCUGAUCAUAGUGUCACCAUUUCGUUAGCUUUGAACUUUGUCCUCUCGGUUCUUUAGGACAGUCCGGUUCCUUUUCAGGAAGACUGGUUCAGGUUCCGUAGCCACGAGGAGUUUGAAGCUAAUUGUGACCUCAAGGUUGACCUUUAUGAUUAUCUUGGACACAUGAAGUUGGUCAAUGGGCAGCCUCUGACGGACUGUCCCAUCCUUAACGGAGUUGAUAUAGCAAAGAAGCGGCAUCUGAGGGUUCAUGUGCAGACACGUGGCGGACCAUUGAUGAAACUAUACAUAUGGGACAAAGCUGCAGCAGAUUUCUGCCUGAAGUACAAGUCAUAUGGGAGGACUCCAAGUGCUAUUUUAGUCACCACAUUGAAUCCCAAACAGAUUGGAGGAACCCUUGCUCUGACUACUAUGUCAUCUUCACGGGUUUUUAUGGACACUGAUGUCCAACCAACAAGAGAUUAUCUUAGCUGGUUGGACUCCAACUCGGAUAUUGCUUGGAAGAUUAAUGCAGAGAUUGUGACUAAGCCUGUGGCAGUCACUAUAGCUGAACUAUUCUCCUACAUCAAACAUGAGAAUGCAAACAUGAGAAUGCGAAGAUUGCUUGGUUUGAGUGCACAGCAACUAUAAAUCAUGUUUUCAGUGGCUCAGCUUGGUAUUAUAUUUCCUAUGGUGUGUGCCAUACAAUUUCCUAAAAAAUACACAAUAAAUUGUGAGUUUUAACCAUUUUGAAUUCAUUGGAAAACAAUGAAUACAUAAAAUAAAUUUAGACCACCAACACGUAAAAAUUGGAGGAUGAAAUUUUUGAAGUCUCAAAUUUUAUGUACAUCCAAAUGAUAUGAACAACAAAGCCGUGCAUGCAGGUAUUUUUUUGUUUAUUCAGUUCUAAAAUAAAAUAAAAAUGUUUUAACUUUGGUCAAAAAAAUGUUUAACAAAAAAAGAAUCAAAUAUUCUGGAAAAAUAUACAUAAUGCAAGGAAUAGACUUGUGAAAUCGAACGCAGAAAAAUAAAAUUUUGGAUACGUUUCCUUCUGUGAAACACGUAAACACAAUAAAAUAAAAAGUAUAAACAAAUAUAAUGACCUUUCCAUCUUAAAACUGUUCCCACUAACUUCAGACAAUUAGAGGCCAUAAAAAACCGGAAAAGUUAGUAAAGCAUUAAUUAAAAACUAGAUUUUGAUCUGUGCUUUCCAAGGGUAAAAUUUUUUUAUGAUUAAAAAUUUAUAUAAUUAAUUUUUGUCUUCAUUUAAAGUAUGUUUUGGUACAAAAUCAGAAUUCCAAAAUUUGUGGUGAUGAUUGUUUUGCAUUAGUUUUUAGUUUCAAUUUUGUUUUUAGAUUUGGCUUUAGAUUUUGAUUUUUGGUUUUUAGUUUUUAAGUUUCUAUUUUUAUUUUCGAAUUUUGCUUUUGGGUUUUAGUUUUUAGAUCUGCUGAGUUAGUUUGAACUGAUAUUACCAACAAGCAAAUCUCAAAUAAUCGAACAUAUAAUUUAAAACUGAAAAAAUGACAAUUUUUUUAAAAAAAAAUUGCAAUAGUUUAUUUUGUAAAUAAAAAAAAAUAACCCAAGUUUUCAGGUUUUGGUUUUUAGUUUUUAGAUUUGGUUUUUGGUUUUGCUUUACGUUUAAGUUAUUUUUUAAAUCAGUAAAUUAUUUAAGAAAAAACAAUAAAUUAUUUAAAGUUAACUUUGAAAAUUAUCAAAACAGAGUGACUGUUACUUAAAAUAAAAAAUACAUUAACAUAUUUUAGAGUACAUGAUUUAAAUAAGUGAUUAAUAAUGGAUAAUUUUGUUUUGUUAAAAAUAUUAAACACCUUUGGGCCUGAAAAUAGUAAUUGAUUUUUUGAUUCAUUAAGGUGGAAUGUUUAUUCAAUUUGUUUUUGAAUUUUCUCCUUAAUACUAAGCCCAAAAAUCAAACCAUAUAAUUUGUCCUAAAAACAAAAGUAAGCCUAAGACUUAUCCCAUAGAUAACCACCAUUUUUUAAUUUAAUUUACACAUACUAAUCAUGUUGGUUUAAUUUAAUUAAUGUGGUUCAAUCAACUAUAUGGUGUCUAUUAUUUGUAAAACUCUAGAAAUAGUCCUAAUUUAAAUGACAACCAGUAGAUAAAAAGAAUGACUCUAUUUUAAUAGAGUAAAUAUAUAAAAGUCAAGAAAAAAAAACUAACACAACAAAAUGAAGAAACAAGCUAAAAUAUUGUUUUAAACUAACACAGCAAUGGAGAGCUAUUUUCUCUAUUAUUGUUUUAAUCUGUUUAAUAUUCAAUAAAAUCUUUUAUAAGUAAAAAUAAACUAAAAUAAUAUAGUACAUAAUAUCCGCAUAUGAAUUAAAAAACACUAUUUUCAAGUAAAAUAAAAUAUAGAAUAUGAUUUUUUUUUAAGGAUUCAACAAAUAAAUUUGAGACAAAAAAACUCUUGAAAUCAACUAAUUAAGAAAAAAAUGAAUAAAUACAACAAUAUAAAAGCAAACAAAAUGUACAUAAUACAAACCGCGCGUACCAAUAACACUCGAUUUUAAUGAGAAUGUAAAAAUCAAUAAACCAAUAACACGAAACUUGAAAAGUAUAAUAAUCAUUACAAACCCAUUUCUCACUAACAUCCCCUAAGUUUAUUUAUUAAUUCAGUGGCUUUAAUGUGUACAUAAGUGUUAAUUUUAAGGGUGUUUUUAUAUAUGUACUUCGGUUCAGUUUUAUUAAGAUCGAUUUACGGAUUAUUAAACUUACCAACACAUUGUAUUAGCCUUAGCCACUAACAUAAGAUAUCUAAACAAAUUUGGUUACUUGAGAAAUAACUCAAUUAUGUUGGAAAAUUGUAUAUGCAGCCAUGAGACAUAUUGUGGCUUUAGCUCAAAUUGGUAGAAUAAUAUUCUGCGCUUAAUUUUAUGGUAUACUAUUCUUUCUCAAAGUUCAUUUCUCUGAAGUGUAAUUGUUCAAACUAGGUAUGUGGAGGAUGUGUAGUAAUUUUAGCAACUGGCCAAAAGAAAAAAAGCAUACAUGACACUCCUUCCUUAAUAAUUUAAAAUGCAGUGCAAACUGGAUAUAAGAAACAUAAAAUAUGUGGUUUUACCUAGCUUAAUAUAUGGUACACAGAGAAGUUCAACUCCCCCCCCCCCACCCCAAAAUAUAUAGAUAUAAUAAGAGUAAAGUUUAAUUUGACAACCCAAUAAAAAUCAUUAAAAACUUUAAAGAUAGAAUAAGAGUAAAGUUUUAAUAUAUGAGUUUAAGCAGAAAAUGCCUAUAAAACUUAGAGGGUGAUCAUCAUGAAAACCUAACUAGGAGCAACAUUUCGGCGAUCUCGAAUUAUCUAUGUAUUAUGAACUCAGUUUAAUUAUUCGAUCAAAGUAAUUAAACACAAUUCAUUAUAGUUUUAAAAAGAGCAGAAUCUUCAUGUAACAUUUAAACAACUAAAGUCACUGCAUGUCCUCCCUCUCUUAUACUUUAUGUUAGGUGCUAAAGACUUAUAAAAAUUCAUAAUGUUUUCAAAAAUUUAGUGUCCAUACACCAUAAUCUACUGUUAGAUUUAAAACCAAUUAUCCGCGCGUAGCGCGGAAAACGAUCUAGUUUUAUUAAGAAAAACAAAACGGGUAUAUUCGGCUAAGGAUUUAUAGACCAUGCUUCUCCAAACGGUAAGAAACCAUAAACACACGGUUGUUAAUGAUUUUGUCGUUGUUCUUGUUCAUGUGAUCAGUGCCCCCCAAGAUCCUCUGCUUCCAUUGGUGCUAGCAUUAUGAUUCAUGUUCAUAAUGUUGUUAAAGCUCUGGUUCCACUUGUUCUGAUCAUCUAGUUUGCGGCAACCGUUAUGAGAAGAGCCCAGAACAACAGAUCCACCAAUAUAUUGGUUAGUCAAAGGAUUACCAAUAAAAACAUUGGAUCCAACGUCGUAAUUAUCUUGUUGAAACGAUCCAUUAUGGAAAUUUGAGCGAUCUAUUGGUGGAAAGUUCCGAAAUGGAAACACCAUAUCGCCAUGAAUUUAAGGCAAAGAACCAUAUUGGUUCCCAACAGCAAUACCAGAAAGAGAAGAACCACCAUAAGAGCCAACAAACUCAUUGGGUUUUUUGAACAUGUGAGAAAGGUUGGUGAUGAUUAACUUGUUGGAUCUCAACAAAAGGUUGGUCUCUUUGUGUACGCUUGAUUUUACGGCCACUUCCACCAAUCGGUACGUUCCUUACCGCUCGCCCAUCAGCAAGACCGGAUCUGAGAAUUUGGAGGUUUGAAACAUUUUUUAAGAACUCUAAAAAUUUUGGGGGCCGGAAUCAAUGUUUAAGAGCUUAAACCUAUGCAAAAAACUUCUAAAAAUUUUGGGGACCGAGGCCAAUGUUUCAUUCGGUUGUCCCCAGAUCCGGCCAUGCCCAUCAGUCCAGUAUCGGCGACAGUUCUUGCAUUUGUACCGCGGUUGAGAUACGCUGUAGUUGUUGUAGUAACAGAACUUGGUGUUCUUUGAGUUACACCUUGGACACACUCGCAGCGGAAGCUUCUCUUCAUUCAGUUGAGUGUGUCCUUUCACGGAAACAUUCAAGUUCUCCAUUUCUCUAACAGCUACCAAUUGGUUUUCUUGUUGUUGUUGUUGUAAUUUUGUUGGUGUUGUGAGGCCGUGAGGGUGUCUUAUAUAGGUUCUUGGUAGCUGGAAAUUGAAGAAGAGUUAAGUUUGGAUUGUAGAAGGGUAAGACUAUGGGCCAAACAUGUCAAAGAUUGUGCACUAAUAAAAUCAGAAUAUCUAUCUAUACACCAUAACCCUUAGGCUAAGCAUAGUAAAAAAAAAGCAAGUCUCUUCAACUAUUGGGUGUAUAUGAAAAGAAAGAAGAUAUGAUAAAAUGAGUUAACUCAUAUAGAAAACAAAAAUAAGGAAAAUUUUAGUUUAAUAUGCUAAUUUAAAAUAAACAUAAAUUAUAGGUGUUUAUUAUGAAAGAGAAUAUGAACGCACAUGUGCGCGGUUUUUAAGUUUUCUCUAUAUAGAUUUUGUUUUAAAUUUUUUUCUAUAAUUGAAAAUUAUACAAAUUGUGACUAAUGACCAGACUAAAUAUAAAACCAUACCAGUAAUUAGAAAGUAGAUGUUCAACCAUAAUAGAAAUAUAUUAUUUCUUGGAGACUUAUAGUGGUUAAUUUUGAGAAAGGAAGAACACAUAUGUAUUUGAUUUGAGAAUUAGAAUGUAUAUGGUUGUGGUUGAGGAUAUACACUUGAGAUAUACUUCUAAGCCUAUAAGCACUAGUGGUAUUGUACAUAACCAGGCCCGACUCAAAAGAUAUAUGGGCCGAGUGCAUAAUCAAAAAAUUUAGUGUCUUUUCUUGCACAAAUAAAAUUAGAAGGUUCGAACCUUUCAGAUAAUAUAAUUAGAAGGUACGAAUCUUAAGCAAAUCAUAUAAAGAAACGGGUUCACACAAAAAUAUCGACCCGAUCAAUACAAAAUAUAUCUCUAGAGUACAUACAAGAUCUUAGUUCUCGAAGACAGAAAAAGAUCUUCGAACGUCAACGUGAAAACUCUUAGAAGUAGAUCCAGAACUGGAAACCGAAGUAGAGGAAGAAGAAUAAGCAUGAUGAUGAGAUGAUGCCAUCUUAUUAGACAUCAUCGUCAUCAUCAUCCCACCAGUGAAACAAUCAUCUUUAUACUCUUCUUCUUUGAUUGUGUCUAGCUUCUGCUUCGCUGCUCUAUGCCUCCUCAUCACCGUUACGAAUUGAGGCGGAGCCACUUCUGAUACAAACCUUGCUAGACGUGAAGUAGCCAUUUCUUGUGAUGUCAAAUAAGUAUUUAACAAGAACGGUGUGUAAAGAAAUUAAAGGAAUGAUUGAGGUCUCUUGGUUUAAUUAUGGAACGCUGGAGAUAUGAAGCUCAUAUAUAUAUGUAGAUGAUGGUGUGUAUUGCCUACGUCCAAGGGCAUCUGUUUUGACGUUUUGUACCGUCAAUAUAGCUUUUGUUAUUAAAUGCAUGGACACGUGUACUAUACGUCUUAA